AUGAAACUCAAUCCCGUCGACGGGGAAGGGGAAAACACCCUAUCCCAGAUCGAAGAGACCAUACGGGUCUUUAGUGAUUUCAUCAACCAUCAUGUCCCCUCUACCUAUUACCGAGCUCCCAUCAUCGAUCAUUGGAAGCCUUCAGAUUACUCGCAGCGUGAGGUGGCUGGUAUGAGUAGGUUCUUAGGUCAACUCAGCACUGAAAGAGCUCACCUCAAUGCUCUGACAUCACAGGUCAUAAGCACCUCUAAGGGCGCCACUAACUCCAACUACCCAAACCUUCGUGACAUGUGUAACGCAUUCAUGAAUUCCACCCCACCGUACAUCGGUAUAUGCCAGAAUAUGAAAUCACCUUGUGGGAAAGAAAUCAGAGUGGACAUCAUAGCUGCUGGAGGAAAACAAUGGAUAAAGGUCAACUCUAUACAAGAAUCUCGUCUUUUGACUGAAUUUCGAUCUCAAGAUAUGGAAGCUAUCAGUAAAGCAAUGGAAGAAGAUGAUGAUUUUCAUCAAACGGCCCUUGAAACUCUCAAUUUGAAUCAAAAAAAACAACAAUUGAAUUGUUCCCUGAUCGAUCGAGCGCAAAGUCUAGUUGAAGCUGCUCAGAGUGCAUCCCAAGAUCUAUUCGGUUCCCUUCGCUCCAUUCAGAUCUACUUCACUUAUACCCGCCUACCCUUCAAACCCCGUGAUCUUUAUCAAGACCCCCGCAUCCCUUCCACUCUAGAAACCAUACACUCUUUGGGUGUUCAACAGAUCAUCGCCGUCGGGGCACCACCGAAGAUUCCUCCUCCUUGUGUAUAUCCAACACUCAUCCCUUCUAGAAAUAUACUACUUGAUCUCUCCGUCUUGAUCGCUAUAUGUUGUGACUCGUCGCAUCACCCAUUACCUACUUCAGAGGAGGAUGUGGACAGAAGAUUUCGCGCUAUGGAAAAGGACUCAAACGGGGUCAGAUUAGAACCACAUUCCAACGUGUCCAAAGAUCUGAAAGAACAUCUCGUAUCGGAGAUGGAUCAUCCUCUCAUCCAAGAACUCCAAUCUCGCCUAGGUGCCUUAGGUGGAAAAGGUGAAAUUGGGUUUUGGGUGACCGAAGAAGUCAAAAGUCGGUUCCCACGCAUCAUCAACGUCAUAGGUGGACCUGGAGAGAAACGAAGAGCAAAAGCUCUCUUCGAGGAUGAUCCUCAGACCUUUUGGAAGGGGAGCCGAUGGGAAGGAAACGAAGGACCUUUGAAAUUCAUUCAUGUUCGAUCUUUACCAUCACCUGCGACGGGCGUUUAUACAGGAAAUUAUCAUUUCCUUUCAGCAUUCGAUCGUCGUCUAGUUCAAACAUGCCAAAAAAUGUUGGAAAAAGGAGCAGAAGCUGAUUCUGGGCCUCGAUCACGUGCGAGAAGGAAGAUGAAAGCGAAACCUGGGACAACGAAAUUACCCUCUGCUCAUACACUACGAACCAUGAUGGAAGGCGUCAAAUGCGGCUGGACAGUAUUGACCAAUAAUCGUGGUUCGGUUGGGAAGGUGGUUCGUGAGAUAGGUGUGUAUGAAGGAUUACCAGAGGAAGAUCUGGGGAAGAUGACUCAGAGGGCUAGAUUGUGGGUGGUGAAUCCUUCCAGUUUAGCAGAAUGGAGUAGGAUAGAAGUCGAAGAGAAGAAUUCACGUGUCAUGUCUUAA